AUAGAUUGCGAGAUGGAUGGAGAAGAUCAUUUACUUACUUUAUUUCGCAUUUAACCAGACGACAUUAUUUACUCGCAGAGAGAAAUCUAUUACACAUUUGUUAUUCUUCCAAGUGGAAGAAGUUAGUUAUUAGUAAAUAAAUUAUAAUUGUAAAUCGUUUAAUACAUUAAGUCUUGUGCUACUGAACAUUAAGUUCGUAGCCCGGCUUAAACUAUGUAGUGUGAGAUAUUAUUAUUAAGUGUUUGUUCUUGUUGAAUUGCAACUUUGUGUCGAGUGUGAGACUGCAUUUACACGAAUUGCUUCCUAGUCGUUUAUGUGCAAUUGUGUGCAUCUUUGUCAUACACAAGCAGCUAAUCCUAAGCAAAUGAGUGAAUAAUAAACUGGAGCGUAUUUAACACUGUCAAAACACACUCUGUAAAUACCAGAGUUUAUUGCAAAUUGAUCGAUAUUUCAUGUAAUAAUCGUGUCAAGUGCGAUAUAUAAAGUUUGCUGAUCACAGUAAUUAUUGCAGUGAUAUAAAUAUAUCACCAUACCGGAAAUGGCCGUAAUAAUAUUUAGCACUUGAAUUGAAAAUAUAGUGCAGGAGAGUAUGUACAUAAAAAUAUGCAUAUAAAACUGAGGAUGAGUGAGAUAUUUGAGGCAUCUGCUCCUCUGCUAAAACUCUCGAGAUAAAAAAAGAGGAUUAUUUAUUUGUGAAUGAGUCUCAUUCGGUGAUAAUAAUACUGCAUAUGCAAUGUAACUGGUCGGAAUAUUAAAGCCUCUGCAUAUGCAUGUGAAACUUGAAUGAUAUCACGUUAUCAUCCAUCACUGUGCAGAACGGAGAUUGAGAUAUUUGACUUUGUGCAUACCAGGUCGAACCAGUAGUUAUUGUGCUGAAGGGUAGAAAUGAGUCAAUAAAAAUACGAGAAUUGUGUUAUUACUCUGUUUUGUGUAGGAUAUAUGGAAAUGAAAUUGUGAAAAUGAGUAAGUGAUACUUUAUACGUGUCCGUGUAUCAAAUUUCUGUGGCGUUUUUGACUGGAAUUUUCCUAAACGGGAGGUGGUACAGCUUGGAUACAUAUAAAGUUUGAACAAAAGUGCGUACUUGGUUUUAGUCUGAACCGGCUCAACUUGCUGAGCAGAUUUUAAACCAGACUUUUAUCUAUGUGAUCUCAAAACACCUCCCAAUUUACAAUGAGACGUCCCAAUUUGCAAGAAGACUACAUUCCCGACCAAUACCUGCAAUAUUCCCCCGAAGAAUAUAACCAAUAUCCCCCUCAAAACGAACUAUCUGGUCGUGGGAGACCUGCACCGCCAAUCUGGCUCCCACCACCACCCCCACUCUCAUCGGAGGAAAAUUCUCGUGCCAGUUCCGCCCUGUCACUUUCUCAUCGUCAACAUGAAGACGAAUUUGACGACGACGAGAAUUCGAACUAUUCGGACGAUGGUGAUCGACAGCAAUAUGUCCCGACUGCUGAUGACAGUGACCCCAACCAACAAGCUCGAUGGGGUCGGAGUAACUUUACACGGGACGAACUUAUCGCGCUAGAUAUUCCCCUGCAGACGAAAAAUAGUAAUUCUCGCCCUCCAAUUUUCGCAUCGAAAACUGUGCAACUGACGCUGUGUCAGAAAAUCGUCAUCACAAUUAUCAUCAUCCUUCCGGCGUUAUGUUUCACCGCGGCGGCUCAUUUUAUUAACGAUAUCAUGACAGACUUUAAACUUUUUAGUGCAAGUUUCUCCGUUUUUCAAGGCGUUUUCUGGCCAUCGUUCAUAUUUUUGGUGAUUGAUGCCAUUUCCGGAGCAACUUUACGGGAUGGUGGGGACGAGCCUUCGUCGCGAUGUCUGGGGCUUUGUUGGGCGAAUGGGAGGUGGAAAUUGACGCUUUGGUUGAUUUUUCACAGCAUUCUUGCCUCAAUCUCCGUAAUUGCUCAACUGUUAUCAAUUCAACGAUUAAAUAUCAGCGUGUCUCUGGCACUUUCCUUUAGUUCGACGAUAUUCGUAAUCUUACUCGCGCAGAUAAAUCGAGACAAAAGGUUUAGUCUUGAAUUGAUUGCGUUUUCGAUUUUGGGAUAUCUCGGUUUUGUCGUGGUGGGAAUUCCUGCUAUGACAUCGACUCGCCGGAUGGACUCUGUAGACUUGACGGCCGGAGUGAUCGCAUCCCUCAUCGCAUCUUCCACCGCAGUCCCGGCCACCUUCAUUUUAAGCAAGCUACGCCAAGAAAAAGUCGCCGAUUCCGUAAUAGCGACCUCUUUCUCCUUUCACGGCUCUGUGUUCAGUCUCAUCAUAAAAAUUUGUAUAGACACCUCCCCCCAUUUUAUCCCUCGGUUUGACCCCACGUCGAUCCAGUGGGCGGCUGCAAUCACGGCACUCGUCAUAUUCGGCACCGUUUUCACCAUAUUGGAAGGAAAAUUCAGCCAGAAUUACAAACUCAACGUGAGAAGUGAUGGAUUCGGAUAUUGCAACAUUUUAAGACUGCGACUCCUCAUUUUUGCGUUCUCGUGUGCCUGGGAAAUUAUCCGACAAGGGAUUUGGAACACUUUUCCCGACGCUUUCGACAUUUUUGGCAGCGUUUUCGUCUUCUCCGCAUUUUUACUUGCGGUCGGAUAUGAAGCCUGGUCACUCCGAAUGUCGGAAGAAGUAAAGAAUUCCAGUCGACCGUUUCAAUUCUUCCCGUGGCUUUUAUCCACUAAAAAAUCUCCCAGCAGUAACAAUACGUGGAAAUGAAAUGCGUACGCUGGAUAUACGAUUUAAUUUAUUGACGAAAGUGCCAAUUUUUAUGACUGAUCUGAAUUUUAGUUAGCUAUUUAUACAAACAUAAAUACGUAGCAAUUAGCAAUAAAUCUCGAUAAAAUGCCAUAUACAAAAUAAUUACGAA